CUGGAACAAACAUGGCCGCCCCGGCGCCCCUCGGCCCGUCGGGCUCCCGCUGGCCUCGGCCGGCCGCCGGCUUCAGGCUGCUCCCGCUACUGGGGCUGCUGCAGGUCCUGACCGAGCCCGGCCUGGGCCGCGUCCACCACCUGGCGCUCAAGGACGACGUGAGGCACAAGGUCCACCUGAACACCUUCGGCUUCCUCAGGGACGGGUACAUGGUGGUCAACGUCAGCAGCCUGUCCGUGAGCCAGCCCGGCAAGGCCGCAGAGGAGGACCCGGCGAUCGGGUUCAGCCUGGACCGCACGAAGAACGAUGGCUUCUCCUAUAUGGAUGAAGAUGUGAAUUACUGUAUUUUAAAGAAACAAUCUGUCUCUGACACCUUUCUAAUCCUAGACAUCUCCAGAAGUGAAGUGAAGAUACGAUCCCCGCCAGAAGCUGGGACCCAGUUACCGAAGAUCUUUGUGACCAAGGACGAGAAAAUCCUUGGGCAGCACCAGGAGCCCGGGAGUGGCCCCCCCGCUUCAGCGCACAACCAGACCCAGGGAAAGACCGAUGGUGAGAAGUCUAAAAGAAGCACAGCAGAUUCAAAGGCACUGGGAGAGAAAUCCUUCUCUAUUCACACUAGUAAUGGGGCAGUUUCCUUUCAGUUUUCCUUUAACAUCAGCACCAACGACCAGGAAGGGCUCUACAGCCUCUAUUUCCAUAACUGCCCCCGAAGUGAGAUGCAGCCCAGUGACAAGUUCUCAUUCAGCCUGGAUAUUGACAUCACGGAGAAGAAUCCUGACAGCUACCUCUCAGCAGGAGAAAUUCCUCUCCCUAAACUGUACAUCUCGAUGGCUUUUUUCUUUUUCCUUUCUGGGACCAUCUGGAUUCAUGUCCUUCGAAAACGACGGAAUGAUGUCUUUAAAAUUCACUGGUUGAUGGCUGCCCUCCCUUUCACCAAGUCGCUUUCGUUGGUGUUCCAUGCGAUCGACUACCACUACAUCUCCUCCCAGGGCUUCCCCAUCGAGGGCUGGGCUGUCGUCUACUACAUCACUCACCUCCUGAAGGGGGCGCUGCUCUUCAUCACCAUCGCGCUCAUCGGCACCGGCUGGGCCUUCAUCAAGCACAUCCUUUCCGACAAAGACAAGAAGAUCUUCAUGAUCGUCAUCCCGCUCCAGGUCCUCGCCAACGUGGCCUACAUCAUCAUAGAGUCCACCGAGGCGGGCACCACGGAGUACAGCCUGUGGAAGGACUCCCUCUUCCUGGUCGACCUGCUGUGCUGUGGAGCCAUCCUCUUCCCAGUGGUGUGGUCCAUCAGACAUUUACAAGAAGCUUCGGCAACAGACGGGAAAGCUGCUAUUAACCUAGCGAAGCUGAAACUCUUCAGACAUUAUUAUGUCCUGAUCGUGUGCUACAUCUACUGCACCAGGAUCAUCGCGUUUCUCCUCAAGCUGGCCGUCCCGUUCCAGUGGAAGUGGCUCUGCCAGCUCCUGGAUGAGAUGGCCACGCUGGUGUUCUUUGUCCUGACGGGGUAUACAUUCCGCCCGGCUUCAGAUAACCCCUACCUCCAGCUCUCUCAGGAAGAAGACGACUUGGAGAUGGAGUCUGUAGUGACGACGUCAGGCGUGAUGGAGAACAUGAAGAAAGUCAAGAAGGUGACCAACGGCUCGGUGGAGCCCCAGGGCGGCUGGGAAGGCACCGCGUGACGCGCGGCUCGGGGACGGCGCUGUCCAGGCCGACACUUAACUUAUUGAUAGUCCUGCUGGUGGCGGAGCGCGGUGGCACUUCCGACAGCGACACCGCUGGGCACGUGGCUGGGAGUGACGUGCCACGGAGACCUCAUUUCUCUCUCUCUCACGGAAACUGGAUCUGUGGCUGGUAGGAGGCAGCUAGAAUUCUUCAGCUGGGUGCGGUGGGGAGGAAGGAGGAUAAAAGGAAGACUUUUUAAUUUAUAUUCCUUUUUUAUUUUCAUUGGGAACUCUCGGUGUCCGCAGGACCCCAGGCGCGCGGCAGCGCAGACAGGCGCGGGUGGGGGUCUGAGCAGCCCCGGCGCGAGGCGCGCUCUCCCGGGCAGGCGUUGAGGGGCACGGGGCGUGAGGGCACGGAAGCCGGUUCAUUUAGGAAAAACGUCAAAACCCAGUUGCAGCGCACAGAGCCAGCGUCAGGGUUCCGGCCUGCCUGUCGCCAGACCUCGUCCCCGCUGGGGUGACCAGCACACACAGCUCUGGGGGCCGGCGUCUCGCCGCCGUCUUGCCUGCAGUUUCACCUUGAGGCGGGCGCCCGGGACACGGCGUGGCCCAAGGAGGACAGUGGUCGCCUGGCUCUGGCCCGCUGGGUGUCCAGACAUGCAGGUGCCAGCUCGGGAGGUGUCUGGCCCCGGCUGGCUAGAGAGGCCGGUUCUCCUUUCCCGGGCUCCCUGGCCUGCCCACUGUGGUAAUCAAGAGGGGCAGCAGGGGGAAUGCCCGUGGGGAGCAGCCCCAUGGGAGCAGCUGGGGCAGAAGAGGCGGGGGGACCCCUCCGCGUUGAGAGGCCUGGAGCUGGGUGGGCUUGCUAGAGAGGAAGGAGGCCGACCUGGCCCGGGCCCAGGAGUGUGGCCGUGACGGGCAGGGUGCACUCGGGACAGGGAGGUCUCAGAAACACGUUGAUGUCCUCACCAGGCCUUCCUGGCCCGGCCAGAACCCAGGAGCCGCCGGAGGGCCGUCCUGGCGCUUGUGGCGGGCCACGUGGGUUCGUGGGGCGAGCACAGCAGGGCCUUUGAGACCAGGUGGGCUGGCUGGGGCGUCCCACUGUGUCUUGGCCCCUGGCCUGAGACACACCGCAGUUGGGGCCGAGGCUCGGGGGCUGACCUCCAGUGCCUGGGUGAGAGGCCCCGCCCCGGCGUCCCCCGGCUUGCCAGGCAGCUGCACCUGCGGGACGGGCCUCCUGGGGGAGGGCAGGGGGGUCAGCGGUGCUUUUCUUCCCUCUGGCUUCGAAGGGUCAGUUGGAAACCACAGGGUUUGGGGUGCCCCUCUGAAGCCAUUUGGGAACCUGAAGUGUCUCUCCCGAGAACUCUAGCUCUGCCUCCGCUGCCGUCUCACUCGGCGCCCGCCGCUGCGGGUGGGCGUGCCCUCACCUGCCCGCUGCUGCCCGCCGCCCUGCAGACCUUGUAGGGAGGGCCCCAUGCCUCCCCUUGCCGGGAGCAGGGCCAUGCACCCUGGGUGUUUUAAGUUAGGAGGCAGGAGAGGGAGGUUGCCGGGAGGAUUGGGAUGCUUUUAGGGGCUGUCCUGUGCACGAACCCCAUCCCCGCGCCCAGAGCAGCCUUGUGCUCUACGCCCCAGCCCAGGCCACUCUGCUGCUCCCAGCGGCAGCUGCUCCUCCAGGGCCAUGGCGGUUUGGGCAGGGUCUGGGCAAGGCAGAGGCGGGACGAGACCGCCCUGGAGAGGGUCUCCACGGAGGUGUCGUCAUUGCGUGGGAGUGGAGGAGUGAGGAGCAGGAAGGUGGGCGGCCGCACCCCACCCGAGUGUCGCAGGUGGCCUGGGAGGUGGGGCUCCUCUGGGGCUGGUUCUCCGCACCCCACCCCCAGCUCCUGGGCUUGCUCGCCCAGUGGCUGGUGGCCGAGCGCGGACAGGGUUGGAAUCAAAGCCCCAGCUGAGGCCGGGUUAUGGUCAGGCGGGUGGCGGAGAAGCGCCAGACCCAGUCAAGGCAGAGAAAGCGCGUGCUCUUGGGGCCGCUAGGAGCCUCGCAGCUCCAGGCCGUUCCGCCGGUGUCUCCUCUCGGCGUGGCCAGCCCACGGCUGCGCUACUGCUGCAGAACCGCCACUUGGGGUCUGUGGCCAAGGGCCCCACAGCCAGCAAGCCCCUGGGCGUGAUGCAGUGUCAGGGCUCACUGGAUGCAGCCUCCAGGGUUGACCCCGAGAGCUGGCGCAGGGGAUGGGGUGCUGGCCUCCAGUGGCCGGUGGUGGUCAUGGGGUUACAGCUGCGCUCUAGGUCCCCCAAGUGCCCCUUUCUGCUGGCUCAGGGCCCCGCGCCUCCUCCGAGGAGCCCCCCAUGUGUGUUUGCUAGAAAAUGACUUCUUAGACAAGAACAGCCGCUGAUCUUUCCAUCCUGCUCUUCCAAGCGGUGGCCAGAGACUCCGACGGCCCAGGCCCGGGUCCCUCGGUGUGGCCCAGUGUUCGGCGCCGGGCGCUGUCACGCGAGCGUGGCCCCUUCUGGCAGGGAGACGCUGCUGGUGUGAAAGCUGCUUUCUCAGGUCAGAGCCUGAGUUUCUUCCAAGAAACCACUUUAGAUAAACUUCCCAGGCCUCAUCCUGAGCUCAUUUCCGGUGCCUGUGGUGCAAUUUCCGCUCCCACACUGCUCUGCUGUCCACAGCCUGCCCCUCCCCCAGCCCAGGCCUGUGGUCCACGGCGGUGCGUUGGGCUGGGAGCACUGAGGCUGUGGCCCGGUGCAGCUCUCGCUCCAGCCGCGGGGGGUGUGCUGAGCCGGGAGAACCCCCGAGGGGUGAGUGAGUGCGGCCCCUCCCUGCACAGCGAGGGUCUGGGAGUGGAGCGGCCUCUCGGGGCUCCGCUCCCAUGGCCAGGAGGGUGUGCGGGUGCUCGUUUGGUCAGCACCCCAGCUGUGGCGUGUCCUUCUCGCCUGUGUCCGGGGCUUAGAGCCUCAGUCUGAGCUGCGGGGCCGUGUGCCCAGGACCGCCCAGGCACCCAGAGCCCACGCUACCCCUGAGCCCCGAGCAGGUUGGGGAUCUGCUGAGUGAGGGUGCCCAGGGCCUGCUUUUUUCCCCUUGGGGGGGGGGCUCAUGGUUUCUUCACUGAGGAAGUUAGACCUUUGUUGGAGCCCUCGGUGUGUCAGAAAGGUGCUUAUCCGGAAUGUCCUAAAUGGCCUAGAAGAUCUGCUCUGAACCCAGUUUCCCAGUGUUCUGGCAGAGACGGCCUGUCCGCUCACCCGUGGUCAGUGAGGCCCCCUCUGCCCCCUCUGCCUGUUAUUUGCAGGGAGCAUCUGCAGCUCACGGCAGGGCCACGGGCCUGCACAGCCCGAGGUGGGGGAGGAAGAUGGGUGCUGGGGGAAGCGCUCGCGGGUGGGGGCGAGCAGCGGGCCGGAGUCCGAGGCAGGAAGGCUGCAGCCGGGCCAGGGUCUGUGAGGCCAGGUGGGACAGGGCGCAGCCCCUCCCGGGACAGCAGCUGGCAGCUGGUCAGGGCCUCAGGCCGCCGCGUCAGGGCAGAGAGCCAGCCCUCCUCAGAUUUAGGCAUUUUUACAAAAGGAUCCCGAAAUCCUGUCCUCAGAAGGGGUACCCUGACGCCUUAAGCAGCUCGUGCAGAAGAGAAAUGGGAUUUGACCUCAACAGUCAGGCAUAUUUGAUCCAGAAAUAAGUUUCCUUUGGGGACGAGCGUGCGGGUCUGUAAAUAGCAUUUGCUUUCCGGGUGAGAUGGGGUGCACAAGUUGUCAGUGUUGUCUUUAACGACUGCCGAGAGUAUCCUGCACACGUGGCCGUGGGGUCCCCUGUGGCGAUGUGCGGGUGAACGCGCUCUGAUGCCAACUGUAAAAUAAAGACUCUGUCCAGAAGCGCCGCGUGAGGGCCUGGUGCCCUGGCCUGUGCGUGUCUCCGCUUGCUCCUCGUUCACUGCAUUGGUUCAGCACCUCCCACUCGCUCCCUCCACUCGCUCCCACUGAUGGGCGCCGCCCUCUAGAGUGGCUCUGGGAUCAGCAGAUCCGAGGCAGCUGCUGUUGAAACUCAGACAGGUACUCAGCCCCGGAGGCUGCCCUGUGGACAGUUGUGGCCGUUCACCGUGUCCCCACCAAGGGGGCCACCUCCCAGUCAGCCCUCCAAGGACGUGGCAGCCACGGCCGCGGGGCGACAGGCUGUGCCCCUCGCGCUGGGGGUGGCCCCGCAGGCCCCGAGGAACACGCUUCCGGCAGUCACGCGGGCAGGCCUUGUCUUACAGGCGAGCCUAUUGCGCUGUGAGCUUACGAGGAGAAGCUGUGAGUUCCCACAGCCCAGUCAGGCUGCCCCAAGGCCACUGGCCCUGCUCUCAUGUCCAUGCCGCUGCCCGUGGCCAGCCCCAGAGUGCUGCAGGCCUCCCCAGGGCUCUGCAUCUGGCUGUUCCCGCACGGCGCUGUGGUGAUUUACCCCGAGAAGCCUCAGCUUGAAAACUGUGAACAUUAGGGCCCGAGGCGUUUGUGAACCCUCCACCUGCCCUGUUUCCAGCCAGUGACUGUCAGGGCGGAGCAUGGCCUUGUGGGGUGAGGAGAAUGAAGUGGGAGGCUGAGGAAGACCCUCAGCCUUGAGCUCGCUGCCUCAGAGGGCCCCGAGGCCCUACGUGUCCGUGGGGGUGCGAAGUCAGCUGCUGGCAGCUCCUGGGUGCUGCUGCUGGGGCAGGGCCGCCUCACGCGACGUCAGCCCACUCACCCUUCAGGGGCCUCCGGGGCCGCAGCCAGCAGGGCCUGCUCAGACCCCCUGGUGAGCAACCACCCCACGGUCUAGGGCUUUCCCAGGUGGAAACAGGUGUCGGCCAAUCCCACUGAGCUUCGGAGCCCGCGGGCCCGGCCUGUGCGGCUCAGCGUGAGGUGGCCCGUCGGCCUGUCGUCUGACUGCAGCCUCGUCCUCUUCUCCUGAAGAGGCAGCAUGCGGGCGAAGCGGAGCUUGGCCCAGCGCUGCCUGCCUGCUCAGAACAGUGCCCACCGCCAGUGCCCAGCGGACUCCAUGGUCCACUGCCACCCUCAGGAAGCCACGAGUCUGGGGGUUGUUGGAGCCUGCCUGGGAGCUGUGCUGCUGCCCGUUGGCAAGGGGGUGUGGCCUCUGAAGAGCGAGUCACUGGGGCCUCCCUGGCGGUGCAGGUGGUUGCGUCUCAGCACUGCGGAGCCGUCACCAGCCACUGCAGCACGAGCUCCAUCCCCGGCCAGGGAGGGGCCCCAG